AUACAACCAACACAAGCUUCACAUUCUUCACUGCCAAAGCUUUCACUUGUUCUGCAAUUCCUUAUACCCAUUGAAAAGAAUGGCUAUUCCUAUGCCUUGCAUUAUUCAUGCUAAACAAAUCCUCCGAAGGUCUUUAUCAUUGAAAGCAAACCAAGCAACUUCAUCAUCAGCAGUAGAUGUUCCCAAGGGCCAUUUUGCAGUAUAUGUUGGAGAGAGUGAAAAGAAGCGAUUUGUAAUUCCAAUAUCAUACUUGAACAACCCUUCAUUCCAAGAUUUGUUAAGCCAAGCUGAGGAAGAAUUUGGGUUUGAUCAUCCAAUGGGCAGUCUCACCAUUCCCUGCAGAGAAGACAUCUUCAUUGAUCUCACUUCACGAUUGAGUCAAUCAUGACUCAUGAUAGAAGUGCUAGGAUAUGUUAGCAAAUACAAAGCACAAGCUACCCAUUUGAUAUACAUUUUUGUUUCUUUAACACAAAUGCCAAGAUGAAAUCAUUUGAAUUCAUCACUCCUGUUUAUAUACUUAAAAUAUUGUUCAUACAAACUUCCGACAUUGGACGGGUUGUUACAACAACUUUCACUUUUAGGACCAAUCAAUCAUCCACAGAUCCUUCAUGGAGUAGCUUAGUUGAUUAGCUCUAGUGAAUCACGAUCAUAACCGUCAUGAUUUCUCAAAAUGAUUAUUUUACUCUCUUCCCUCCUAAGUUCAAUUUGCAUAUCAAUUUAUUUUCAUUGCUGAUAUUACCUACAAGGCUACUUGCUAGUAGCUAGGGAGGCUUCCAUAAUGACAGCAUCAAAAUCCAUAACAAGUUCUUCAGCUGCUGCUGCAUGACACUUCAAUGAAAUUAUCGCCGGUUUCAGUC